AUGCCACCAUUCAACCAAACUACUGAUAACCAGCAGACCUUCACACUGACUGGGAUCCCAGGAAUGCCAGAGAAGGACUUCUGGUUGGCCUUGCCCCUCUGUCUUCUUUACAGUACCACAGUCCUGGGUAAUGUCAUCAUCCUUAUUGUCAUCAAAGUUGAGCAAAGUCUUCAUGAGCCCAUGUAUUAUUUUCUGGCUAUGCUAGCUGCCACAGACCUCAGCCUUUCACUAUCUUCCAUGCCCACUAUGAUAAGUGUUCACUGGUUCAGCUGGUACUCAGUAACUUUUGAUGCCUGCAUCACUCAGAUGUUCUUUAUUCACACCUUUGGGGGAGUGGAGUCAGGGGUUCUGGUGGCCAUGGCCUUUGAUCGCUUUGUGGCUAUUUGCUUCCCUUUGCGCUAUGCUACCAUUCUCACUCAUGGCGUCAUUGGCAGCAUUGGAGCAGCAGUCCUGCUGCGGAGUGUGGUGGCUGUGCUCCCUGUGCCUUUCCUCAUCAGAAGGCUACCUUUCUGCCGCUCCAACAUCCUAUCUCACGCAUACUGCCUUCAUCAGGAUGCCAUGAGACUUGCCUGCGCUGACACCCGUGUCAAUAGCAUCUAUGGCCUGCUGGCUGUGAUCUUCAUUAUUGUACUAGAUGCUUUGGUCCUUUUGGUCUCUUACAUUCUAAUCAUCCAGGCAGUAUUGUACAUUGCUUCCCAGGAAGAGAGAUUCAAAGCUCUCAACACCUGCCUCUCUCAUAUCUGUGCAGUGCUACUGUUCUAUGUGCCUCUCAUUGUCAUGACUCUGAUUCACCGAUUUGGGAAGCACUUGUCACCAGUAGUACACACACUCAUGGCCAGUAUCUACCUAUUGCUCCCUCCUGUGCUCAAUCCUGUUGUAUACAGUGUUAGAACAAAGCAGAUCAGGCGGCGGAUUGUCCAAAUGUUUUGUGGGGGCAGGAUUGCUCCUUAA